ACUGAAGGGGAAAGGUUGUAUUUGUUGCAAACUGAGUCGGCUUGUAGGGCUGCCCUGCACAAGUGGUGAAUACUACAGAAAUAGUUGUCGACUGGGCUAUUUAUACAUGGGCUUUCUUCGUAUGGGUUGCAGCCUAUAUAAUCAUAGUUUAUAAAACAUUAUCGUUCUGCUUGUAUCUCUUUUGCCUGAUUUGUUCUAUGUGCGCGCUCAGGGCUGAACGGAAAGCGCACGUCUCUUAUUUACGUUUUCCCUCUGGUUUAAAAGUUAAUAGUAAAGGGGGUGGGGAAUGAACGUACGAGGGGACUGUAGCGCUAUUUGAUCACGGUUGAGCUUUGAAGAUCAGUAAGCAUUGAGCCGGGCCCAAGGACGCAGAUAGAGAAGGAGAAGUCCGCGACUCUGAAUUAAUGUCCGCGGUCCGCGACUGGAAAAGAGAAGUGUGGAGACCAUAUGGCACUGGGAAUAAGGAAUUAUAUACGUUUAUAACUCCACCAAAUGGAAUUAUUAUAAUGGAUGAACGUUAUAGGGAAUAUAGCCUUCAUUGGGACUGGAAGGAGAUCUGCAAUACGCUUUCAUGAAUCAUUUUGGAACCACAAGGUAACAUCUUGUUGGGUGAGAACCAGGCAGGAAGGAGUGGUCUCAGACCAAAAGCAGCAACAGUCAUGGUUUGGAGAGCAGGCCUUCUGCUCAGCAUACUGCUAGCUACAGCCACACACACCAUGUCUGCCAGCUUCCCAGAGGACAGUAUACCCCUGGACGCUGUCGAUGCACACUUCUCGCGGCAGUACCCAGUGUUCCGAGGUCGUCCGUCGGGGAACGAGUCACAGCACAGACUGGACUUCCAACUGAUGACCAAGAUACAGGAUACACUGUUCAUCGCUGGCAGAGACCAGGUGUAUCUAGUGAGUCUCCGAGAAUCCUACAGGAAUGAGAUCAUUCCCUACAGGAAGUUAACAUGGAGGUCAGGCGAGGCAGACAGAAAGAACUGUGCCAUGAAGGGGAAACAUAGAGAUGAGUGUCAUAACUACAUCAAGGUUCUGGUUCCUAGAAAUGAUGACCUGGUGUUCAUCUGUGGAACAAACGGCUUCAACCCCAUGUGCCGGUACUACAGGCUGGAUAACCUGGAGUUUGAUGGGGAGGAAAUCAGCGGACUGGCACGAUGCCCGUUUGACGCCAAGCAGACCAACGUCGCUCUGUUCGCUGACGGGAAGCUGUACUCGGCAACGGUUGCUGACUUCCUGGCGAGCGACGCAGUGAUCUACCGUAGUAUGGGUGACGGCUCGGCCCUCAGGACUAUCAAAUACGACUCCAAAUGGCUGAAAGAGCCCCAUUUCCUGCAUGCAGUGGAUUAUGGGAACUAUGUCUACUUCUUCUACAGAGAGAUUGCAGCAGAACACAACAACUUGGGCAAGGCCGUCUACUCCAGAGUGGCUCGUAUCUGUAAGAACGACGUAGGCGGGUCUCAGCGUGUGUUGGAGAAACACUGGACGUCCUUCGUCAAGGCCAGACUCAACUGUUCUGUUCCUGGAGAAUCGUUCUUCUACUUCGAUGUUCUACAGUCCAUCACUGACAUCAUCAACAUCAACGGAGUUCCUUCUGUGGUGGGAGUCUUCACUACACAGAUGAACAGUAUCCCAGGGUCUGCAGUGUGUGCGUUCUCCAUGGAUGACAUAGAGAAGGUGUUCAGAGGACGAUUUAAAGAACAGAAAACACCUGACUCUGUCUGGACCGCCUUCCCAGAGGAGAGACUGCCCAAACCCAGGCCAGGCUGCUGUGCGGGUCACGGCCAGGCUGAGUCCUAUAAGACCUCUAUAGAAUUCCCUGAUGAGACCCUCCUCUUCAUCAAGUCUCACCCCCUCAUGGACUCCUCCGUGCCUAACAUAGGAGAUGAGCCCUGGUUCACCAAGACACGCGUCAGGUACAGGCUGACAGCCCUGGCGGUGGACAACGCGGCUGGUCCACAUGGUAACUACACAGUGCUGUUCAUUGGUUCAGAGGCGGGCGUGGUGCUGAAGGUUCUAGCCAAGACUUCCCCUCUGUCCCUAAACGACAGCAUCCUAUUGGAGGAGAUUGACCUGUUCAACAGAGCCAAGUGUCUGUCUAACAGUGAGGAUGACAGGCAUAUUUUGUCGCUCCAUGUUGACAGAGACACACACAGUGUGUAUGUAGCUUUCUCUAGCUGUGUGGUUCGCAUGCCUCUCAGCCGCUGUGAGCGACACACUAACUGCCACAAGUCUUGUAUAGCGUCCAGGGACCCCUACUGUGGCUGGAUGCCUCAUGGAGCCUGUGAGAGGAUCCUGCCUGGAGUUCUGUCUGGUUAUGAGCAGGAUGUAGAGUUUGGGAACACGGUUCAGCUGGGAGACUGCCAUGUGUUUUUGGCCACUACAUCAGCGACAGAUUACAAAUCAUUUGGUGACCCGACCUCUGACAUGGAGUUGUCAUCUACGUCAUUCACAGACCAGCCCAGUGGGCCCAUACACCCCCCAGUACCCCCAGUACUCACCCCCACCCUGAGCCCCCAUCCUGGGCUUGGUCCUGGGGAAGGGCCUGGGGCUGGUUUUCCAGACCUGUAUGGCUCAGGGUUUGUGCAGCAGGAUGACCCGGCCACCUCCCAUUCACUAGAGUCACUCCCAGGGGGCCUAGAGGGUGUGUGGGAGAUCCAGGCGGGAGAAGCCAAUCAGAUGGUCCACAUGAAUAUCCUGAUCAGCUGUGUGUUGGCUGCCUUCCUCCUGGGGGCGCUAGUGGCCGGCCUGGUGGUGUUCUGCUACAGAGACUCUUUCCUCCGCCACAAGCCCCGGCACGCCCACAAAGAUGCAGAGUCAGCCCCCUCCUGCAGCGACUCCACCGGAUCCUUCGCUAAGCUCAACGGGCUCUUCGACAGUCCUGUCAAGGAGUACCAGCCAAGUCUGGACUGUCCCAAGCUGUACACCAACUUACUGAGCAGUGGUAAGGACCUGACGCCUAACGGAGACACCAAGACCAUGAUCCUCCGGGACGGCUGUCAGCCCCCCGAGCUGGCCGCCCUGCCCACCCCCGAGUCUACCCCUGUGCUGCAGCAGAAAGGCCUGCAGCCAAUCAGGAACCAAUGGGAGCGAGCCAAUCACCACGGGAAGAUCAACGGAUCCAGGAAGAACUCCAACUCUACCUCCUCCUCCAUUGCCAAGAGUCCCCAGUUCCACCCCAGUUCCCCCCCUCCUCACCCCCAGCCCCACCCCCACCCUGCGCUGGGACACUCCCACAUCCCCAGCGCCGUCGUUCUUCCCAACGCUACGCACGAAUACCGCAGUGGUUACCAUGGAAACCCGACCGACGACGUCACACCGCCGCGCACCCUGGACAGGAAGCCAGAGAACAUGGAACACCUGCAGGCCACGCCCCCUCAUUCUAAAGGAAGCAGGAAGGAGCAGAAGAGGUCACUGGAUGCCAGGAACACACUGAACGACCUGCUGAAGCACCUGAACGAUGCUAACACGGCUAACGCUAGCUCCAAUGCUAUCCUCCAAGAGGGGGCCGGCUCAGCGCCCCGACCCAGCAGACAACACCUGAUGCUGGAGCCUCUAGGGGACAUCACUGAGGUUCCCCCCAAGGUCCCCAGCCGAGAGGCCUCUCUUUACUCCCCCUCCUCCUCCUCCUCCCUGCCCAGGCACAGCCCCACCAAGAGGGUUGAUGUCCCACUGCCCUCCACACCUAGCUCCCCCACAGGCAGCCUGGGCAUGGGAGGAAGCAUGAGUGGCACCCUGGAGAGGAGGUACGGCUCUCAUCACAGGAUCUCUUCUCACAGACACUCCCUCACCGCCACCUCUCCCAACGGGGUCAGUAUGGGGGUGUCGUUGUCCCACCAACACAGUAUGAACAGAGGGGGGUACAUGCCCCCCACCCCUCCCUCCAGACUGGACUCCCAGAGGGGGCUUCACUCCCCCCAUCAACACCCCCACCCCCCCUCCCUGUCCCGCCAGAGCAGCUACAGUGGGCACGGCUCGCUCCCCCGCCAGGGGCUUAAACGAACCCCGUCCCUAAAGCCUGACGUCCCCCCUAAACCCAACGCCUUCACCCCACAGACUCCUCAGAUGAGGGUGGUCAACAAGUACAGCUACUAGGACACCAUAGACACUAUGGAGUGUACUACCAAGUGUACUAACUGGGACGGGGCAGGGGCACUACUGAGUGUGCUCUAGAGCCAGACUGGUUGUGAGAAGGCUUAGGGAGAGAGUAGGACCAUGUGUGUUUCGGGGUGUGUUCCCCAUGGAAUGAUUCAUUCCUUCACUCUAAAAAGAGAAAAUCACACCAGAUGUGACGUGGAGGUCUGUGUCUUGUCUUGUGGCUCCAUGUUUCUCUCCAUCUCACAACACACUGGUCAGUCUCCUCUAACCCUGACCCCUAGCCCUGACUCAGUAACCCCAGCCCAGGCCCAGGACAUAAGGCAGGGUGGGGGUAGAUGGGGGUAGGGGUCCUGUAGGGGACUAGCGUGGCCCCCAGUGUGUAGCCUGGCCCUAUGAUCCCGACUGUGGACGGUACGAGGUCUAACUCCGAGAACUACUUGAAGAAUGGGUCUGAUGUCUCACUGUCACUAAGCACUGUCUGUUUGUGUCACAAAUGGCACCCUAUUCCCCUUUGUUGUCAACUACUUCUGACCACGGCACAUAGGCCUGGUUGUACCUAGUGCACUAUAUAGGGAAUAAGGGUGCCAUUUGGGGGACACCCUCUGUCUUCCCAUGAAUGUGAACUGGACUGAACUGAACAAGGAGGAGGAAUACAAUAGAACUGUUUGUAUCUUGUCUGUCUGACUGAUGGGGGGAGAGCAGCGAGGAGACACACUAAACAUAGUGUCCCUUUGGUGUCCCUUUAGAGGUGUUUAACUCAACUAUAAAGACUGAGGAGGAAGGAAGGCAACAGAGAGAACACCACUGUGUGUCAGCUGGAGGGUAAAACCCAAUGUACAGCAAACACACACACACUUUGCUUGGGGAGGUGAAAGGCCUGGCUGCCUACGUACCCUAACAGGGACCCUCUGUAACUCACUGGGAUAUCUACUAAACACGUUUGCUGCUAUUGGUUUAUGAUGAGUAAUGUAUGUUGAGUGUAUUUAGUCCUCUUAUGUGUCUGUACCCUACAGCUGCCGUUGUCUCCUGAAGUGUGUGUGUGUGUGUGUGUGUGUGUGUGUGUGUGUGUGUGUGUGUGUGUGUGUGUGUGUGUGUGUGUGUGUGUGUGUGUGUGUGUGUGUGUGUGUGUGUGUGUGUGGUGUGUGUGUGUGCGUGCAGACCAUGCAAUUCACUGCACUGUUAGAACAGGCUCCAGUGACAUCAGAGUCCUCUAUCAACACAUACCACUCUUCUCCUGUCUCACACAGACACACAGAUACAAACGGGCGAUGCAGAGACUUUUCCUCCAGUCUUUCAAUGUAGCAGAGUGGUAUUUAGAAACAUUUCAUCCAACCCACUUCAACAGGCUGGUGUUGUUUUAUUCAGAAAUGAAAGACGUAAACAUUUAUGCAACACCAAUGGGUUUAGUUCUGUCAGGUUGAAAUGGCGUCCUGUAACAUGUCUGUCUGUCUCACUUGCCAACUGCAUGUCCAUCACUAGUGUUCGUCUCUGUGCUCCGUUGGGAGUUCACACACUGCUCUCUGUGUGGUAGUUGCCCCAAGGUACAGAGGCAGGAUCAGCGUACCAUCUCUCAAACCUAAUCUUAACCAUUUCCAGGGUAACUGAUCUUAGAUCUUCGGUUCUCUGGUUGCCAUUUUGGUUCCAGAGGCAGUGUUGUGUUUGCAGUUUCCCAGUGAGUGACAAGUGUACAAUCACACCAACAUCUACCAAUGUGUCCUACCGAGUCAUGCUGGUAAUGACAAGAUACUGUACAUAUUAUAAAUAUAUGAGUAUACAUAUUUUUAGGCCAGUUAACCCCAAUCUGUGCAUCGUGUGCCUUAAUUCAACGAAUGAUCGAUAUACAGAAAUAUUGAGGGAAAAAAAGUGAUUUGGUCCUGAAUGUCAUUAUUGUUACACUAUAACCUAAGCAACUCUGAUUAUUUGAAUUCAGAGUGAAAUUUGUGUUCUGCAUUUCAAUUUGUAUUUAUCUACCAAACUGCAGUUAUUUUGAUUCUAGAACUAAGAGUCGGUUUAGUCACCAACAUUCCAUUACAGAAUGCAGGCUGAAGCAAAGCAUGCUGGGAUUACAGUAUCCGUAUAUGACCUCAUGAAGAAGAAGGCUGCUGAUAGACCAAGCUGAGGUUCCAUGCAGUGAAUGUACUAUUAUGGCAUGGGGAUGUAGACUGACUCUUGUCUUUUCUCUAAACGCUUUGCUUCAAAACACUCAGCUCAACAUGGCACUAUACAGCCAAUAUACAGUAACCAGUCAAUACAGUACUCAAUAAACCAUCCAACCCAGUAUUAAGGUAAACACUCUGGGUAAUUAUUAUAGAUCAAAGAUGUGUAUCUAAUGGCUUAAUAAACUGUUCCAUUAGAGUGAGCAGUGGUCAUGUGACCGGGACAUGUAUAACAACAGGAUGUGGGUCAGAUCUCACAUUGACAAUGAGGUUCAUGAUUUGGGUACAUUUACUUUAUUUGGGGAAUUAAUUUGUCUGCCUGUUUGGAACCCGAAGCCACAAUUUUGUUUCAAAAAGAUGAUGGUAUUAAUUAAAGUCUGUUGUCUAUCAGUCGUCCUCUGCUAACCAGCGUUUGGGCUCAGACACACACACACCACACACACACCACACACACACCACACACACCCACACACCACCACACACACACACACACACACACACACACCCCCUGUUCCAUUCAUCCAGACAGGCUGUGCUCAGCUGUCUUGUGCAUUGCCAUAUUGACCUGGGUCUUUGUGUUGCAGUGUCAGUCUAAAGCCUUCCUACCCUCCUGUCUAUCUAUGCUCUGUGUGUGCAGAUGAACCAGCCUCGUUGACAUUACCUUUCUAAUAGUGUUCUGAUUGGACAGUAAGCCCUCCUGAUGUUUGUUCAGAGUGUUUUGUAGAUAUGUUGUAAAGUUGGAACUGUGAAUGUGUACAAAAUGAUCGUCUUUUGUUUCAGGACUUCUUGUU